UUUGUAAAUAGGGUUUAAAGGGGCGAAGAUUAGACAGGUGCGCCACUGCAAAUAUAUCUUAAGAAAUAAAUAGGGCUUAUUCUCGUUAGAUUCCAUCAGUAUCUAGCGAAAUGCUGAAGAAAUUGGUUACAUUUUUCCUGGUUGUCGCCAGUUUUAAACUGGGCUUUUCCUACGACAAAUACACCACCGAAAUACAAAAUGGUGAGCCAAACAACUUGAUCAUUAACUCGAGUCCUUUUAUAAAAAUCGGAGAAGGUUACUAUUACUUUGGACAGGAUAAAGUGAAUUGGUAUAUCGCUUAUGAAAACUGCCGCAAGUUGGGAUCCGAACUGGUGACUUUCGAAACUAACCAAGAGUUCGACGGCGUCACUGCGUAUUUAGAAAGCAAGGAAGAACGCUCGGAGCACUGGACAUCUGGCAAUGACUUGGGAAAGACUGGCACCCACAACUGGUUUACCAAUGCUCAGCCUGUCACCAUAAAUCGUUGGGCCCCUAACCAACCAGAUAAGCUGGGUUAUAUAUACGGAUACUCAACCGAUAUCCAACUGAAUGAUCGUCCCUGCAAUAAUGAUCCAAACAGCUUGUUUAAAUAUGUUUGUGAGGCUCCAGAACAGGAAACUAUAUCUAUUGUUGUUUGGAAAUAGAGGUGAUUGUAAUCA